AAGGCAGAAAAAAAUUGCUACAAAAUAGCUUGCUUUAGACACAUUUAGUCGUGUUUUGCUUUGAACAGAACAAGUUUAUUGUUUAUUUACUCUCAAAAUAAAGACUUGCUGGAUCUCAAAUUAACAACUUGAUCUUAAGAAUUCUAAUUUAUAUUGACUAGCUUUAAAGUAACAACGACUACAAAAAUGAUGAACGAUUAUGUCGAUUAUUUCACAUUUUCAUGUGACUUCGAGACAGCAGAAACGACAAGAAAAUUGAACCUUUACUUCUAUCCACGUGACAACAGCUUAGAACUGUAUGAUAUUGGCAUGAAAAGAAUCUUGUUGAAGAGAACAAUAACUGAGAUUUCAUUAAAUGACAUUUAUAUCGGAGCUAAGUUGACAAUUUACGGAAAGAAGAUUGUUGUGAGGAACUACGGAAAUCAAAUGACUGAACAGAAAAUGAGCAAGAUGAAGCAAAGAACCUUCUUCAUGAUUAAGCCAGAAGCACGGGAUUUUAUUGGCGAAAUAAUCUCCAAACUAGAGAAGCAUAAACUGCACAUAAGAAACUUAAAGACUGUUAAAUUACAAUCAUUAUCUGCUGUUCAGUUCUUGAAUCAGCAUAAGACAUCUGAGGAUGGUGUCACAGCAAAUAUGGAGAAUUUGACAUCAGGCUUAGUCACUGUAAUGGAAAUAAUCGGUGAGAAUGCUUACGAGCAGUUGAAAAAUAUUUGUGGAUCAGCAAAUUAUGAUGAAGCUAAAAGCAAUCAGCCAUUGUCACUAAGAGCACUUUAUGGAUAUGACAAUAUAAGAAAUGGUGUUUUAAUUUCUGAAAAAUUUGAUUCUAAUCAGCAUGACCUUGAAUUUUUCUUUCCACGUUUGAAUAAUCAACUUAAAGUUCAGGCCAAAUUCUAUAAAACAACUUUGUGCAUCAUUAAGCCACAUGCAGUUAAAGAUGGGAAGAUUGGUGAAAUAAUUAAAAUGAUCAUGGAAAAUGGAUUUUCAAUUACAGCUAUGAAAAUGAUCUCACUAAGCCGUAAACAAUGCGAGUCAUUCUAUGAAAUCUACAAAGGAGUUGUUGAGGACUAUUCCUUAAUGGUCACUCAACUACAAAGUGGAAUAUGCUUAGCUAUGGAAGUUCAAAGUAACGAUGAAAAUGUUCAAUUGAAAUUUAGAAGCCUCUGCGGACCUGCAGAUCCUGAAGUUGCUAAAAUACUUCGUCCGAACACACUGCGUGCUCAUUUUGGAGUCGAUAAAAUAUUAAAUGCCGUCCAUUGCACAGAUUUAAGUGAAGAUACAUUGUUGGAGUUGGAGUACAUUUUUAAGCAUUUUGAAUGAAUAUUUUUUUGUGGAUCCAGUAGAUUUUUUAUACUGAAAAAUUAAUUUAUGCUGUAUUUUGCAUGAUUUAUAAUUUAAC